UGAAUUGAGUAAAGUGCAAGGAUGUAUCUGCAAAAAAGAGAUUGGUAAGAAAAGAAGGAUAUAUGCUGGGAAGAGUGUGUGAAAUUUUAACCUUCUCUCUCAGUUCUCUCUGUAGGCUUCGGUGAUACUCUCAGAGAGAGAGAGAGAGACAGACAGAGAUUACGCCAUGGGAUGGUUUCUCUGUUCUGGAAGUUCAAAUAAGAAGGGAAAAUAUCAGCAGCAGCAGGUUCACAAGAAGGACGAUGAUCCGAUCCCAUCAACUUCAGAAAAAUUGAUGGUAAAGCCGACAUUUAGUGGGAAGAACGAGGCCCUGAAAGAUGGAGGUUCUGAUCAAAUUGCAGGACAAACAAUUACAUUCUCAUUCCGAGAGUUGGCAGCUGCAACAAAGUAUUUUAGAGCCGACUGUCUUUUAGGUGAAGGAGGUUUUGGUCAAGUUUAUAAAGGACGAUUGGAGAGCAUAAAUCAGGCAGUCGCCAUCAAGCAACUUGAUCGAAAUGGGCUACAAGGAAACAGGGAAUUCCUCGUUGAAGUACUAAUGUUAAGCCUACUCCAUCACCCAAAUCUUGUUAAUUUAAUUGGCUAUUGUGCUGAUGGUGAUCAGAGACUAUUGGUUUAUGAAUAUAUGCCAUUGGGAUCGUUGGAAGACCAUUUACAUGAUCUCCCACCCGAUAAAAGACGACUUGACUGGAAUACGAGAAUGAAAAUAGCUGCUGGUGCUGCAAAGGGAUUAGAGUAUUUGCAUGACAAAGCUAACCCCCCAGUUAUAUAUCGUGAUCUGAAAUGCUCUAACAUCCUGCUUGGUGAAGAUUACCAUCCUAAGCUUUCCGAUUUUGGCUUGGCAAAAUUGGGCCCCGUGGGGGAUAACACUCACGUAUCCACAAGAGUGAUGGGAACAUAUGGAUACUGUGCGCCUGAGUAUGCAAUGACAGGCCAGCUCACUUUAAAAUCAGAUGUCUAUAGCUUUGGAGUUGUUCUACUUGAAAUUAUUACUGGGAGAAAAGCCAUUGACAAUUCAAGAGCCGCAGGGGAACAUAAUUUGGUGGCAUGGGCACAACCCUUAUUUAAAGACAGACGGAAAUUUUCGCAGAUGGCUGAUCCAUUGCUCCAAGGACAAUACCCGGUCAGAGGCUUAUAUCAAGCUCUUGCAGUAGCUGCAAUGUGUGUUCAGGAACAACCUCAUAUGCGACCACUUAUUGCUGAUGUUGUCACAGCUCUUACAUAUCUUGCCUCCCAAAAAUACGACCCUGAAACCCAGCCAGUUCAAAGCGCUCGCAGUAGCUUGUCCACACCUAGAUCUUCUAGAAGAGAACUGUGAAGUUGUUCAAACAGAAGCUAACAUGAAACCAAAUUCUAAUCAUCGGAUUCUUGCAUCCUUUGUAACUCCUCGUCAGCUUUCUCUACGUUGACAUGCCGUAGACUUGAUUUACAAUGUCAUUCCGAGCUUAUCAAACAAGUAGCCAAGCCAGGCAUGUCUACUGGUGUCUGUUUAUUGGCCUCUUCCUAGCUGCAGUUGCAUACCAGAUAGCUCCUCUACUCCCAGGUUUUGAUCUACGUAGAAAACUUUUAAUUCUUUUGUUACAUCUAUUCUUCCCCACCUGUUCCUUCUUGCACAAGAUUCUUUAUGUACAAUUGAGCUUGGUAUUUUUGUAUCUAUAUAGAAAUAGGUUUUUGUUUAAAGGAUUAUCCCACCUUACCUGAAAUGUUACAAUCUUAGUCAACGGUU